CGAAACUUGUUAUGUAACAGAAACAGCCCUAUAAAUAUCCCUGUUCAAACCCCAGCAGCCCGGGAGGACGCUGCAGAGGCUGGAGGGAGCUCGGAGGCUACAGGAAAAGCACCCGCUUGUUCUGCAAACUGCGGCGGCAGCACAGAGGGGGCUGUAUCUCCGGAACCCCUUGGUCAAAUGACCCCACAUUUGGAUCAUUUAUCGUACCCCACACCCUCAAAGAGACUCAUCAAAUUUCAAGAAAUCCAGUGAGAUACUGAGUAUUACAUUGGGAUUGAACACGUUGCUGGUUACAAUGUCUUCCAAGAAAUCUUUCCCCACCACAUUUGGGCAGCCUGAAGGAAGAAGCUGUUUCAGAUCCCUGUUUUAGAGGAGAAAUGUCAGCCUAUCAACUUGGAAAAACUGCCCGGAAAGAGAUGGAUGGGAAGAAGCAGAAAGGAGAUGAUGAAGCCGCAGAUGACAGCAGCGAAUCGGAAUUCAGAAUCAUCCUUGUUGGCAAAACUGGAGGUGGGAAAAGCGCAACAGGAAACUCCAUCCUUGAUGAAAGGAAGUUUGAGUCCACACUCGACACAAAGCCAGUAACUGUGACUUGUGAAAAGGGGGAAAGGACUGUGGAUAGGAGGAAGCUUGUGGUUAUUGACACACCUGCCAUUUUUGACCAAAAUGUUUGUGAUAAAGACACAUAUAAAGAGAUUGUUCGCUGUAUCACACUCUCCGCCCCAGGCCCCCACGCUCUGCUGCUGGUGACCCAGGUGGGCCGUUACACUGAGGAAGACAAGGCCGCAGUGAAGCGAGUACAGGAGAUUUUUGGAGUUGAAGCCAUGAGGCACAUGAUUGUCCUGUUCACCCGGAAAGAGGAUUUAGACGGUAAAGCACUGCUUGAGUAUGUGAAAAACUCGGAUAAUAAAGAUCUUAAGGGGCUGAUUCAGAAGUGUGGAGACCGAUGUUGCGCUUUCAGUAACAAAGCAACUGGAGCAGAACAGGUUUCUGAGCUGAUUGAUAAGAUCCAGAGAAUGGAUAAGGAGAAUGGGGGCAGAUAUUAUGUCAAUAAGAUGUAUUUGGAACCUAAUUUAACUGAAGAAAAAGUGAGAGAUUAUAUUGGAACAAACAGGAAGAAAGCUUUUUUUACAGAAUACCAGGAAGUUAUUUGUAUUGGUGUUGCUGCAGUUAUUUUUGUUGUUGCUGGAUCGCUCCUGAUUUACCUCUAUCACUAACAGCCAUUAAUAAAGUCUCAUUGCAGCCU